AAUUUGUAUUAGUGCUUAUUUCCCAGAACACAACACGCAUGGGCGCACACGGCGUACGGUGCCUCGUAAGUCCUCUAUAAAUACACACUCAUCUCGUACUCAAACCACUCAUCCUCUCUAAACUAAACUAAAGACACCCAUUUCUCCCUACCUAAUAUAAUGGCCAAGGUUUCCCAUCUUUUGCUACUUUUCUCUGUCUUGUGCUUUGCCGCUGCAACCGCUUCGAGUGGCGGUGCCACAAAUUUCAUCAAGGCCUCAUGCAGCACCACAACCUAUCCUGCCCUGUGCGUUCAAUCUCUCUCAGCCUACGCCGCAGAAAUCCAACAAAACCCACACCAGUUGGCUCAGACCGCCUUGUCCGUGAGCUUGUCCAGCGCUCAAUCCACUAGGACAUUCGUGUCAAAGUUAAAGAAGUUCAAGGGAUUGAAGAAAAAGGAGUAUGAAGCUAUUGCAGAUUGCUUGGAGGAGAUAAGUGAUACUGUGGACAGGCUAGGGCAGUCGAUCAAAGAGCUCAAGAACAUUGGUAAAGCCAAGGGUCAGGAAUUUGCGUGGCACAUGAGCAAUGUUGAGACGUGGGUCAGUGCAGCGCUAACCGAUGAGAACACGUGCGUUGAUGGGUUCGCUGGCAAGGCCUUGGAUGGCAAAAUCAAGGCGUCCAUUAAGGCAAGGAUUGUCAACGUGGCACAAGUCACCAGUAAUGCACUAUCACUAAUAAAUCACUAUGCCUCAAAGCACUGAGACAAUUCCAAGGUUUUGUUUUUGAAGGAUUCUUGGUUGCUACUUUUGUGUUGUACUGUGGUUUGGUUCUCUCUUUUUUUUUUUUUUUUUUUUUAAGAAGUGUGGUUUGGUUCUAUGUAUAUUUCUGUGAGUGUUUUUUUUAAUGAUACAUAGUAGAAAGAUCCGUAGAAUAUCCGGUACUCCAACAGUCAAAGUUGGUUUGGAAGUUCUAAAACUGUGACUUCACGUGUUCCAUGAAAGUCUUACAGCUCUUUUUUCUUUGA